AAAGAAAUACAUCGGUUUAACGAAAAAUCCCUAAUUUCUUACCAUCGCCGUUAUUAUUAUUGACAUAAAAUUUAUUUCAUAAAACCAACUUCCAACACUCAAGGCUUUAUUUUUUGUAUUAUAGGUCAUGUCAAGGUUUAGUGGAGCCCUGCAGCUAACUGAUAUAGAUGAUUUUAUUACCCCUUCUCAGGAAUGCGUAAAACCCAUAACCAUUGAUAAGAAAAAAUCAAAAACGGGAGCAAAAAUAAGUGUGCAGGAAGAUGGGUAUUAUGAGGAAUCAGAGACCGGAAAACAGAAACUUCAGAAGCUGGAAAUCACUCUUCAAGACUGUUUAGCCUGUUCCGGCUGCAUUACAUCCGCGGAAGGAGUCUUAAUAACGCAGCAGAGCCAGAAGGAACUUCUCAAGGUUCUUCAUGAGAACAUUAAAUUAAAGGCGACUGAAGACGUUAAAAUGGCGCGUACGGUUGUGUUCUCCGUUGCUACUCAGCCCCUAAUUAGCUUAGCUUACCGUUAUAAAAUGAGUGUGGAAGAAACAGCACGCCACCUAGCCGGGUACUUUCGCAGUUUGGGUGCAGAUUACGUACUAAGCACUAAAGUGGCUGAUGAUCUGGCACUGCUCGAAUGCAGGAAUGAAUUUUUAGAGAAGUAUCGGGAGAAUAAGGAUUUAACUAUGUUCAGCUCUUCUUGCCCGGGCUGGGUAUGUUAUGCAGAAAAAACGCAUGGAAAUUUUAUUCUGCCACACAUAGCUACUACAAGGUCCCCUCAGCAAAUAAUGGGCGUUUUAGUUAAACAAUAUUUGGGUGAAAAGCUAAAUCUGCCUGCGUCACGAAUUUACCAUGUGACAGUUAUGCCUUGUUACGACAAGAAGCUGGAAGCAUCUCGUGAAGACUUUUUUAGUGAGGCAAAUGCGUCGCGAGACGUGGACUGUGUUAUAACUUCAGUUGAAGUGGAGCAAAUGUUGCUUGAAGUUGACCAAACUUUAUCGGCCCAAGAACCUGCCGAUUUGGACUGGCCGUGGUGGGAUAAAAAACCCGAAUUCAUGGUCUACUCACAUGAAUCUACAUAUUCUGGUGGUUAUGCAGAGCACGUUUUUAGGUAUGCAGCUCGAAAGCUCUUUAACGAUGACCCGCCAAAUGAGCUAAAAUUAGUGCAACCUAGGAAUCGUGAUUUAAAAGAGAUUUAUUUUGAAAAAGACGGAAAAGUACUUCUUCGUUUUGCCAUUGCUAAUGGUUUUAAGAACAUCCAGAACCUAGUACAGAAACUAAAGCGUGGUAAGGGCUCCAAGUUUCAUUUUGUCGAAAUAAUGGCCUGUCCCUCGGGUUGCAUAAAUGGAGGUGCUCAGGUUCGCCCUAUUAGUGGGCAGCAUGUACGUGAGCUUACCCAAAAUUUGGAGGAGUUAUAUACGAAACUUCCUCGCUCUGAGCCCGAUAACAUAGCGACAAAAAAUUUAUACGACGACUUUUUUAAUGGAUUUGGUACUGAUAAGUCUCACGAUCUUUUGCACACUAGCUAUCACUCUGUAGAUAAGCUUGUCACAGCCCUUAAUAUUAAGUGGUAGCUUUUUUAAUGUAUCGUGUAUAUAUAUAAUUUGUUUUUAUUGUGAAGAUAUUGUUUUACUGGUUUUAAAUAAUUAAACGCUUAUUUUAACCUCUCA